UCUGUGCACCCUUCCCCUUCCUCUUCUUCUCCUUUGCCGGCUGAGGGGCUGGUAAAGCUGGUGGAGCUGCGAAUGGCUGAACUGGGGCGGAUGUUGAAAGCUCAAGGUCAAAGAAUGAGAGUGGACCUCUAUGCAUUGCCAUUGAAGGCAACUGAUAUAGUGCUUGGAUGCCAGUGGUUGGAGACUCUUGGUCCAAUCACAACCGAUUAUUGGAAAGGAACUAUGGAGUUCGGGGGGUCAAGCAAGAGGGUCAAGUUGAGGACUGAGGAUCCAGGCGGGUCACUUGAUGAAGAUAACGGGGAUGGUCGAGGUGGGAAGCUGAAUUUCCUAAUCCUUGGGGACAAGGAAGGUCUUGAAGAGGAGGGGAAUGAUACGAAAGUGGCAUUGGAGUCCGGCGAGUCUAGUGAGGAGCGAAAUGGCAAGAGGUGCGCAUCGGCACUUGAUGCGCACGAGUGGGCGGACAAACCAUGCACGCGGGUUUGGCGGGGAGUACGCGGGCGCAAGAUGGACGGGUGCGCGGGUGUACGCGGGAACGCCGUAGGCAAUCUGGGCUCGGGCGGUAGCUGGGACGUGCGGGGGUCAGGCGGAGAAGGGAUCGGGCGCCAAGGGCGCGCAUGUGAGCACGCGGGCGUGCGACAAAACGCGCGCAAGAAGAUCGGCAAGGGCAGGGCGUGCGCGGCAUCACGCGA